UUUCUCUCUUUCUUUCCUCUAACCUUUUCUCAUGGUUUCCUUCUUCUUCACCCUCUCUUCCUUCUUCUUCCUCUGCAUCCAUGUCACUUCCGCCGCCGAUACGAUCUCCGCCAACUUCGCUCUCUCCGGAGACCAGUCACUCGUCUCCUCCAACGGAACUUUCAAAAUGGGUUUCUUCAAACCUGGUUCUUCUUCAAACUUCUACAUAGGUAUGUGGUACCAACAACUUUCACAACAAACAGUCGUCUGGGUAGCUAACCGUGACAAACCAGUCUCCGACAAGAACACAGCAGUUCUCAAAAUCUCCAACGGUAACUUAGUCUUACUAGACGGCAACAACUUAGUUUGGUCCACCGGUCUCAACUCUUCCUCUGAUGCUCACGAGGCCGUUUUGCAAGAUGACGGUAAUCUUCUUCUCAGAGACGAUUCAGGCUCUGUUCUAUGGCAAAGCUUCGAUCACCUCGGUGACACGUGGCUUCCAGGAGCUAAAAUCCGGUACAACAAACGAACCAAGAAGAGUCAACGACUCACGUCGUGGACUAGUCUUGAAGACCCAUCACCAGGCUUGUUCUCUCUCGAGCUAGACGAGUCCACAGCUUACAAGAUCCUCUGGAAUGGGUCGACUCAAUACUGGUCAAGUGGUCCUUGGAACAAUAAGAGCAAGAUCUUCGACUCAGUCCCGGAGAUGAGACUCAACUACAUCUACAACUUCAGCUUCAUCGACAAAGAAUCAGAGUCGUAUUUCACUUACUCCCUCUAUAACCACGCGAACGUGUCAAGAUUCGCUAUGGAUGUUUCGGGACAGAUCAAGCAGUUCACUUGGUUAAAUAACAACAACCAAUGGAACCUGUUCUGGUCUCAGCCUCGGCAACAGUGCCAAGUCUACGCUUACUGUGGCUCCUUUGGGAUAUGUAAUGACAAGUCUCAACCCUUUUGCCAGUGCCCUCAUGGGUUUAGCCCCGUGUCGCAAAAGGACUGGGACUUGAAGGAUUACUCUGCGGGAUGCGUUAGAAACACUGAGCUACAAUGCUCUCGUGGAGAGAUCAACAAGUUUCUGCCUCUUACUAACGUGAAGUUACCUGACAACUCAGUGGUAUUGGGAGUAACGAGUCUUGGUAUUUGCGGGUCGGCUUGUCUAGGGAACUGUUCUUGUAUGGCUUAUGCACAUGACGAAAGCUCGAACCGAUGCUUGAUGUGGAGUAAAGAGGUUUUGAAUCUUGAACAACUCGAGGAAGAUAACAGCGAGGGGAACACGUUGUAUCUUAGACUCUCUGCUUCCGACAUGCCUAGUGAUUCUUCUACUAGUAAGAGUAACAAAGUGAUGAUACUUGGCGCGGCUCUAGGCGCGUUAGGGGUGAUAGCUCUUGUUAUGUUGGCUGUCAUCUUAAUCUUGAGGAACCGUAGGAGGAAGAGAAUGAGAGGAGAGAAGAGUGAUGGUACAUUGGCUGCGUUUAGCUAUAGAGAGUUACAGAGCGCGACUAAGAACUUCUCGGAGAAGCUAGGAGGAGGAGGUUUCGGUUCGGUGUUCAAAGGAGUUUUACAAGAUUCUAGCGUCAUUGCCGUGAAGAGGCUUGAAGGUAUUAGCCAAGGAGAGAAGCAGUUUAGGACGGAAGUAGUCACAAUAGGAACAAUCCAACACAUGAACCUAGUGAGGCUUCGUGGGUUUUGCUCUGAAGGUAACAAGAAACUACUUGUUUAUGAUUACAUGCCUAACGGUUCUUUAGAUUCUCAUCUCUUCAUUAAUCAAACCGCGGAAGAGAAGAUCGUCCUCGAGUGGAAAGUGCGGUACCAGAUCGCGUUAGGGACCGCUAGAGGAUUAGCUUACUUGCAUGAUGAAUGUAGAGACUGUAUCAUUCACUGUGACAUCAAACCCGAAAACAUCUUGUUAGACUCGCAGUUCGGUCCAAAAGUCGCUGAUUUCGGUUUAGCUAAGCUCGUGGGGCGAGAUUUCAGCAGGGUUUUGACGACAAUGAGAGGCACAAGAGGCUAUCUCGCACCAGAAUGGAUCUCCGGAGUGGCGAUAACAGCGAAAGCCGAUGUUUAUAGCUACGGGAUGAUGCUGUUCGAGAUUGUUUCGGGGAGAAGAAACACUGAGCAGUCGGAGAAUGGGAAGGUUAGAUUCUUUCCUAGUGUGGCUGCGACCGUGCUAACCAAAGAUGAAGACAUCCGCUCGCUGCUUGACCCGAGACUAGAGGGAGAGUCUGUGGAUGUUGAGGAGCUGACGAGAGCUUGCAAAGUGGCGUGUUGGUGCAUACAGGACGAGGAGAGUCAUAGACCAGCGAUGAGUCAAGUUGUUCAGAUUCUUGAAGGUGUUUUGGAAGUGAAUACGCCGCCGUUUCCGAGAUCAGUCCAAGCUUUGGUUGAAAACGAGGGAUCUGUUGUAUUCUUCACUGAGUCGUCAUCUUCCUCGAGCCAUAAUUCUUCACAGAAACAGAGCCACUCUUCUUCUUCUACUUCUUCCAAGAAAACGACAAGCAAUAACUCGUCGGCUUAGUGUUAUGAAUUGUGUAAGAUUUAGUAUAUGUUUAAUCAGUUGUAAAAGGGAUCACUUAGCUUUCUUCCAUUGUAUAAUUAUUUACUAGAUAUAACCGGAGCCCUGCCCAGGGUAAAAUUUUAAAAUAUAUAUUGUACUUAAAUAUUAUAAA